AUCUGAGCCGAAAAAAAACUUGAAUGCGAUUCAGAAACUGAAUCUCCACCUGGAUACAAAUCCGCUGGCAGUUGCGAGCGGCGUUCGAAGUGCAAAAGACGCCGUCUAGUUGUAAAUACGCAAAGUAAACAACUUUUUCCGCUGAACCGAAACCUGAAUCUCUUAGUCACAUUAAUAAAACGAAACAAUACCCGAACUUCGCACUCGAGCCAGGGUAUCAUAGUGCGUUAGCCAUGGACCAGAAGCGAGCCAUGCUUUAUCCGCAAGUGGAUUUCAACACGCCGACGGCUCCCUCGCCGACGCCAACCAGGGAAUUGGGCAAUCCCAUCGCCAACGGCCUGCCCAUCGAGGCUCCUCCAUCGUACGAUGUGGCGGUCUCCGUUCCGGUGGCUCCAGCGGUUUCCGCACCAGCAAUUAUCCCAGCGAGACCGCCGCCAGUGGUUGUCGUGGAGCAGCCAGUCCCACAACCACCCACAGUGGUUCCAACAGAUACUCUACACUUGGGUCCAAAUCGAAGUAGGGUUCUCUGCCCCGCCUGUGGCGCCAACAAAACCACGAGGAUGACACACACGGCUAACUCCAGGACUCAUAUGGUUGCAGGUCUACUCUGUUUGGUCGGAUUUUGCUGUUGUGCCUGUUUUGUUCCCUAUUGCAUGAACAGUUGCCGCACUGGAAAUCACUAUUGUCGCAAGUGCAACACCUUCCUGGGUGCCUACAAUCCAAAAGGGAUGAACCGAUGAUAAGACUGCCGAGAUAAGAAACGAUCUGGGGGCUAGAAAGAUACAACAGAUACAAGUUAUAAGCAAACACAAGGCAGCUGAUGUUUGCCAGCGGAUAAAUUAAGUUUGUAUAUACACAAGCCAUUGGCUA